AUGGACGAACCAGAACAGAAGCAGGAGCCAGAAAAGAAGCGCAGCAAAACAUCGAAAGAAAGGACAUCGAAAGAAAAGAUAUCGAAAUCGAAAGAAAGUGUUACAUCGAAAGAAAGCAUACAAAAGAAGAAGAAGAAAGGUGGAACCAACAGAAUGCUGGUUGUUUUCGUCGGACUUCUCCUUCUGGUAGUUCUGGCAGGAGUUGGAUACUUUGUUUUGUUUGUUUUGAUUGAAGAAAAGACCCCUGAAAGAACCUCGUCUCCGGAGCCCACCAAGCCGAAAGGUUUGGUCUCGGCUAUCAUUCUUUUCCAUCAUGGCGCACGAGCUCCGCUGUCUACGAACCAAACCAUUUUAGCAAAGUUCCCUCUCGGAGCUGGGGAACUUACUGAGGGAGGAAUCGACGACUCCUUCAAGUUGGGACAAUUCUUAGGUGAACGCUAUGUACAGACAGGAUUCCUACGUUCACCACCUCUUCCAGCAGAGAUCUAUUUUCGAAGUAGAUCCAUCAAUCCUAGCCUAAUGUCUGCUGCACUUGUUGGAUCGGGCAUGUGGGCUGCCCCGAAAGAUCCAGAAUUCACUGCAGUCCCAAUCUAUGGCCAGGAGAAAAAUGAUCGUAUCUUUACACAUUUACAACAUUGCCGGCUUGAGAAAAAACGGCUUUCCGAUCGAUGCGGGAAGGCGCCACCUGAAUUCGAAAGUUGGUCUGAAUAUGAAGGAUUUGUGUAUGAAUGUGUUGGACUGAACAGACAGUCCAAGGUCGUCAAAGAUGCAAAAAGUUUUGCUAAGAUGGCCAACCUAAUACAAAUGGACCGAAGCGGUGUGGAAACGCCAUCGUGGUUUUCAGAAAACAAAAAAGAAAUCUACAAACUCUACGAGAGGACGUUCAGCUUUAUCAUGGGAGUGAAUGAUUACCACGACAAGAAGAUUCUCCAACUGAAGCAGGGUGUACUCAUGAAGACCAUCCUCGACUUACUCAAAAACCGUUGGACUGAAUGGCAAUCAUCACAUAAAAUUGCAAAACGCAAAUUCAUAGCUUAUUCCGUGCAAGAAUGGCUUAUAAUGGCGUUUAUGGAGGCUCUUGGAUGUGCCAAAGAAGCUUUGAAUGGCUCCAUACCUAGCAAUAAUGCGCUGCUUAUGAUCGAAUUAAGCGAUGACGAUGAUGAAGCAUUUGUCCAGGUCUUAUACAUUGAUAAAACAAUGAACUCCCUCAAGGACAUUACCAAAGCCGUACGUCUAUGUGAUCGUUCACCUUGUCCCUUAGCGAAAUUUCUGCAAUGUUGCGAUGAUUAUACGGUAGAGGACCCAAAAAUUGUGUGCGGCUAA